UUAAGAAAAACAUCCCCUCUCUUAUGAGCUGAUCUGUUCAGAGAGUGAUUGAUUUCAGAACUGAGAGGGUUUCAAGUUGCAAAGAGAUGAACUUAGACAAUGACUGCAGCAUGUCAGUCAGUUGUGGCAAUGGGAAACUAAGACAGUGGCUGAUUGAUCAGGUUGACAACGCAAAGUACCCCGGGCUGGUGUGGGAGAAUGACGAAAAAUCGAUUUUCCGGAUCCCCUGGAAGCACGCGGGGAAACAGGACUAUAACAGGGAGGAGGACGCCGCGCUCUUCAAGGCGUGGGCUCUGUUCAAAGGGAAGUACAGGGAGGGUGUCGAUAAGCCGGACCCCCCGACGUGGAAGACGCGGCUACGAUGCGCGCUGAACAAAAGCAACGACUUCGAGGAGCUGGUGGACCGGAGCCAGCUGGACAUCUCUGACCCGUACAAGGUCUACAAGAUCAUCCCCGAGGGCGCAAAGAAAGGAGGGAAGCAGCUCAGCAUGGAGGAGGCUGCGCCACACAUGAACACCCUGGGCUACUCCAUGCACCCGCCUUAUCCUCCCCUGCAGACUCAGGUGCCCAACUACGUGCCUCACGAGCGCAGCUGGAGGGACUUCGCCGAGCAGCCCCCCCUCCCGGACCUGCAGUACGGCCAGUGCCCCUACCCCCCCCGGAGCCUGCCCUGGCAGGGCCCGGCCGUCGAGAACGGGUAUCAGAUAACCGGGUCCUUUUAUGCCUGUUCGCCCACCGACUCCCAGCCCCCGGCCUUCUCCCUGGACCCCAACAUGCGGUCGGCUGAGGCCCUGGCGUUGUCUGACUGCCGCCUGCACAUCUCCCUGUUCUACCACGAGAUGCUGGUGAAAGAGGUGACCACCAGCAGCCCGGACGGCUGCCGGAUCUCGUCCUGCCUGGAGGACAAGCCCUACGGCAGCAUGGACCCCGUGGUCUUCCCCUACCCGUACCCGCAGUCGCAGAGGAAAGGGGCGGAGAAGCUGCCCAACGCGCUGGAGCGUGGCGUGCUGCUGUGGAUGACCCAGGACGGCCUGUACGCCAAGCGGCUGUGUCAGAGCCGAAUCUUCUGGGAGGGGCCCCUGGCCCCAUACACCGACAAGCCCAACAAGCUGGAGAAGGAGCAGACCUGCAAGCUGUUCGACACGCAGCAGUUCCUCACUGAGCUCCAGGAGUGUGUGCACCAUGGCCGCCCCAUGCCCAGGUUCCAGGUGGUUCUGUGUUUCGGGGAUGAGUACCCCAGCCCCCAGCGGCCGAGGAAGAUGAUCACAGCCCAGGUGGAGCCCAUGUUCGCCAAACAGCUCCUGUACUUCACACAGCAGACCAGCAGCCACUUCAUCCGGAGCUACGACUACCCCGAGCAUGGCCUGUCCCCCACGGACGAGUACCAGAGAAUCAUCCACCACAGCAGCCUGCAGGAGUGAGCCGCCUGCCCACCGCCCUCAACCCCACGCCUAGCCCCAGCCCUGGGGGAUCCCCCUUACCCCCAGCCCCGGGCCAGUACCCCCAAACCCCCAGCCCUGAGGGGAUCUCCCUAAGGAGAGGAGCCUCAAUCCCACCACUGAAGCAAAGGUCCCCAGAAUGUGGGGAGAUACCUGGACUGAAACACGAGGCUCAAACCCUCACUGCACCCAGAGACUGCACUGCACCAACCUCACUGCAGCCAGAGACUGCACUGCACCAACUUCACUGCACAGAACGUAGAGUAGGAGUCUCAGUUCAUCACAUACUAUUUCUCUCCCUCUCUCACUGCCCCCCUCUCUCUCUCUCUGUCAAUUCAAGUCUCUCACUCAGUCUCCCUCCCUCCCUCCCUUUCCUAUCUGUCUCUUUCUCUACAAUUCUUCCAACCCUAAGGCAUUCAAAACUUGAAACCGCUACUGACGCUAUCAUAUUUGUACUAUAACGUCCUGAGUAAUUAUACCUUUAUAACUUACCUUUCAUGAGCAACCCACUGAAUAUGAGGGUGACAUGGCUCAGGCAGUGGGAGCAGUUUGAUCCCCCACCUGGGCUGUGUCGAAGUGUCCCCUAAGUGACACCUAACCCCCAAAUUCUCCUGACGAGCUGGUUGGUGCCUUGCAUGGCAGCCAAUCGCUGUCGGUGUGUGAGUGUGUGUAUGAAUGGGUGAAUGAGAAGCAUCGAUUGUACAGCGCUUUGGAUAAAGACCAUUUAACUAAAUAAUUUUUUUAACAAAAAUGGCAUAUUGGAAAAAUUCCAAUUUGGUUUUAGAUCUAACCAUAGUACGGAGACGGCUUUAAUUAAAGUAAGCAACGAUCUCAGUCUUAGUGCUGCUUCUGGCAAGAUCUCAGUCUUAGUGCUACUUCUGGCAAGAUUUCAGUUCUUAUUCUUCUGGACUUUUGAUACAGUUGACCAUAGCAUCCUAAUUCGCCGUUUGGUUGGCCUGACUGAAAAUGCUCUGAAAUGGUUUCGAACAUAUUUUUUAGAAAGAAAAUGUUAUGUUAGUCUAGGAGACUACGUGUCAGAGAAUUACAACAUGGCCUUUUGUGUUGCACAGGGAAGUUGUCUUGGCCCUCUUCUUUUUCCACUAUAGAUGUUGCCUUUGGGUGAUAUUAGAAAGCAUAACGUUAAAUUUCAUAGAUAUGCCGAAUGAUUCAAGUGCUCUAUGCUCCCUAACUACCUGUCUGUCUGCAAUCAGUCAAUGGCUGAAUAAUAUACCUUUUUAAUUAAAUGAGGAUAAGACAGAAAUUCUUCUGGUUGGCCCUAAAGAAAAUUAGGCUAGGAAAUCUAGCUUGUCAGAUUAAACCAGAAGUAAAUAGCCUUGGUGUAUUUUUAGACACCAACCUAAGUUUUAAAAAGCACAUAAACAAGGUGACUAAAGUAGCAUUUUUUUCAUAUAAGAAAUAUUGCCAAAGUGCGGCCAUUUUUAAUCCAACAUGAUGCAGAAAAGUUCAUUCAUGCUUUUAUUUCAAGUCGAUUAGAUUAUUGUAAUGCUCUUUUUACAGAUGAUUCAAAACUCUGCAGCCAGACUUUUAACGAAAACACGGAAGAGAGAGCAUAUCAGUCCUGUUCUAUCUGCACUACAUUGGCUCCCUGUCUCUUUAAAUAUCAAAGUUCUUUUACUUGUGUAUAAGGCCUUAAAUGAUUUAGCACCAUUUUAUAACCCAGUGUCUCUGCUGUUUUACAUCCCUUCGAGAACACUUAGGUCCACUGACGCAAGUCUUUAAAUUGUGCCUAAAGUGCCCCACAGAAAAAUGGAAGGAUCAGCUUUUGUGGAACAUUCUACCUAAAGAAAUCAGAGAUGUGGGCUCAGUGGAUCUUUUUAAACGGCGUUUGAAAACAUAUUUUUUACCUGCCUUUUAACUGUAAUUCGUAAUGCCUUUUGAUUUAACCAUUUGUAUUUGUAUUAUGUUACUGUUUUUAUGCUUUAUCAUUUCUUUUAUUAUUUGUGCUCUGUAAUCUGUCUACUGUGUCCUGCAUUUUUUUUUAUUUUAUUUUUUUAUUAUUGUCAAAGCAGUCUGAACUGCUUCCAUUGGAGGAAAAGUGCUUUAGAAAUAAAGUUUAUUAUUAUUAUUAUUAUUAUUAUUAUUAUUCGAAAGUUGCAGCGAAUUAACCACAAAUGAAAUUAAAUCUUCUAAAAUCUCCCCCCUGUGGCAGGUGUUUACAUUUGAAAGUAGAUUUGUUUUCGUCCUGAGAAGAGUGGUGAAAGAUGAUUUCGAUUAUUCAUGACGACUGAAUAAUCUUCAUGUGACGCUUGUGAAGACUGUUGCUAUCUUGAGAAGACUGCAGCUUGUGAAGACUGUAGCUAUUUCCAUUUGAAUGGUGCAUGCCUGGAUCACUGGACUGUUUUUUUUGCGUUUUCCCAGACGGUCGCUCGGUAACAGCUUCAGUCUUCUAGCUUUUAUUGUUAUGCACUCACGGCUCAUUACCAGCUACAGUCACACAAGUGCUUAUGGAAGUGUCGUUUUUCUUUCUCUCCCUGUCUCUUAACUAUCCUCUGUCUCUUUCACUCACACACUCCUUCUCUCUCCCUCUCUGUUUUCAGUGUGCUGUAGGAUAAAAAAAACAGUACACACCUCUUCCCUAUCUGCCGCUAAUCAGCGCCCCUUCUUUCAGCCGCCAGUCAGAGAAAGCUAUCAAAGAAGCCAAAUAUCUACAGGUCAAACGGGGUUCUGUCUUAUUUUUCCGUGUCUGUUAAAGUCUGUGCGUGAUUGUCUGUGAAUGUGACUGCUGUGGCCCUUUGUAAGGAAUUCUGUACAUAAACAAGUGGUGAAUCUCUGCCUCUCGCUGGCUACUACCAAGAUCCAAGACUGACAUUGCGAGUGCUUUCUUUUUUAAUAUGCGUAUGUAUGAAAAAGCAAUAACUUCUUGCCCUACCAACCAUGUAUUUUUCAUGAAUAAAUUUUACAAAAGAAAAA